AUGUCGAAUACUCACUUGGCAGAAUUGAACAAUGGCAUUGUUACGAGUUGGAUGCCAUUGGUUACACCGGCGCCUUCACCAUACCCGUCAAGUUGCCUUUCGGCGCUGAGGCUAGAAACGAUAUCUGGUAGCGUUACGAAUAUCGUGGCAUUUGAUCCGUGGUAUGGACAGGCCAUCGAUACGGCCUACCGCAACUGUUUGGCGCCAGAACAAACAGUAUGGUGGGCCCAGCAGAAUGCUCCAUCAACUGUCUUGAACCUUGGGCCUUUUUCAUGUCCUACACCCUACACUACUGCAGCAGUCAGUAAUAUAAAGGCAGGGACAACUCUGAUUGCGUGCUGUCCGAGUAACUACGCCUUCCAAGGGGAGAUUUUGCCACCUCUUUCUGGUCGGCAGUGCCUCUCUCGAUUGACGAGUGGCCAAGUUAUCACUGCUAAGACCGGAUCCAUUGGUCCUAAUCAAUGGAACAUAACGACCGCUACAAUCACAGCAACUGAUGUCGGAGUAUAUGGUAACCAAUUGAAUGGGUUUGUCUUCGCAGACGCCUCAGCGACGGCUACCACAACCGGGACCAAACCGACUGGCGCUUCAGGAAGUCCGACUGCCACGGGCCCAAAUCUAGCAGCCUCGACUUCUGGAAUACAAACCGCAGAGCAAUCAAGGAACGAUGCAGCAUCGGCUUUAAGUACCGGAGUGAAGGUUGGGCUUGGCGUUGGAAUAUCGGCUGCAGUCAUCGCUAUUUGCUGUAUGAUAGUAGUUUGCUUUAUGUUUCGCAGACGACGAGCGGCUCGUCGAGAUGGCAGUUCCGAUGAGCUGGGAUCUACUAAAAACAUCCCGCCCCGCCCCGAACGCUCCUUACCCCCACCUCCACUCCCGCCAAAGCCAGCGGCCCUACCACAGGAACUUUCAAGCGUAAUCGACUAUUACGAGGUAGAAGCCAAUGAGAAACGGCCUCCGAAGGCGCCUGAGAAACCGCCAAUUGAGAUGUGGGCGUAA